AUGAGAUGUAAUACUGUUAAAAUUGUCUAUAAUAAAAUAUCUCUAAAUAUUACAUGCAGAUUGGACAGAAGUCAGGAGUCAGUAAUAAGAAACCGCACAGUAACGACGUUCAUCCUGCUGGGACUGACACAUGACCCACAACUGCAGGUUUUAGUUUUUAUCUUUCUCUUUUUCAACCAGAUGUUGAGUGUAAGUGGGAACCUGACAAUCAUCACACUCAUCUUCCUCGAUUCCCACCUUAAAAUAGCCAUGUAUUGUUUUCUACAAAAUUUCUCUUUCUUUGAGAUCUCAUUCACAUCUGCCUGUAUUCCCAGAUACUUGUAUAACAUAGAAACAGGUGACAAGCUCAUUACCUAUAAUGCCUGUGUCAGUCAAGUAUUUUUUACUGACCUCUUUGGUGUAACAGAAUUUUUCCUCCUGGCCACCAUGUCCUAUGACUGCUUUGUGGCCAUCUGCAAACCCCUACAUUAUGUAACCAUCAUGAACAGAACAGUCUGCAGGAGACUUGUCUUUUGCUGUUGGGUGGCUGGUCUGUUUCUUAUAAUCCCCCUAUUCAUCCUGGGCUUGAAUCUCGAAUUUUGCGAUUCUAAUACCAUCAACCAUUUCAUCUGUGAUGCAUCUCCCCUCCUGAAGAUCUCUUGUUCAAAUACUUGGUUCAUGGAACAGACUGUGAUAAUUUGUGCUGUGCUGACCCUCAUUAUGACACUUAUGUGUGUCAUUCUGUCCUACAUUUGUAUCAUCAAGACAAUUUUAGGAUUCCCAAUUGCCCAGCAAAAGACAAAAGCCUUUUCUACCUGCUCUUCCCACAUAAUUGUGGUUUCUAUCACCUAUGGCAGCUGUAUUUUCAUCUACAUCAAACCUUCAGCAAAAGAAUCAGUGGCCAUUAAUAAGGGUGUGAAGGUGCUCACGACUUCUAUCGCCCCCCUGCUGAACCCCCUCAUUUACACCCUGAGGAACAAGCAAGUAAAACAAGCCUUCAAUGACUCAGUCAAAAGAAAUGCAUUGUUUUUAAAGAAGUAA